CUUUCACCUAGCAAGCUGCAGGAGGGCUACACAUUUAUCGGAGAUUUCCUAUCUAAAAAUUAGAGGUAAAGCUUUCAAAAUUAAGGGUGAACUGAAAUUUUCACAGAAGAAGUGCCCUGAAAGAGCCAUGGGGAUCCGAGAGGCACCCACUCUGCAGAAAAGGCAAGUCCUGCUUUUCUUUGUUUUAUUGGGAUUGUCUCAUGCAAGCACUGAAUCGGUGCGCUAUUCUGUGUCAGAGGAAACCGAAACGGGCUUUGUUGUGGCUAAUCUUCUGAAGGACUUCAGUCUAGGGGUGGAGGACCUGUCCUCCCGGGAAGCCAGGGUUGUGUCUGAUGAUAACAAAAAGCAUUUGCGCCUUGAUUUGUUGACGGGAGAUUUGCUUCUAAAUGAGAAACUGGACAGAGAGGAGCUGUGCGGCUCCACAGAGCCCUGUGUGCUGCAUUUGCAGGUGGUAUUGGAAAAUCCUUUACAGUUUUUUCAGGCUGAACUGCACGUCAAAGACAUAAAUGAUAACUCCCCUGCAUUCUUAGACAAGGAAAUCAUUUUGAGAAUAUCAGAAAGUACUCCCAUCGGAACCACAUUUCCAAUGGAAAGCGCUGAAGAUGUAGACAUAGGAAAGAACAGUCUUCAGAACUACACAAUUAGCCCCAACUCCCACUUCCACAUUAAAGUUCGAAACAAUGUCGAUGGGAAGAUAUACCCAGAGCUGCUUCUGGAUUCAGCCCUAGAUCACGAGAAGCAAUCGGAGCUCAGAUUAACACUCACAGCCCUGGAUGGUGGGUCUCCCCCCAGGUCUGGAACAACUUUGGUUCUUGUGGAGGUUUUGGAUAUCAAUGAUAAUGCUCCUAAGUUCGCUCAGAGUCUCUAUGAGGUGCAGGUGCCAGAGGACACGCCCAUUGGCUCCUGGAUUAUCACCAUGUCUGCUAAGGACUUGGAUGCAGGAAACCAUGGGAAAAUAUCCUACACAUUUUUCCACGCAUCUGAAGGUAUUCGUAAAACAUUUGAAAUGGACUCAUUAUCUGGGGAAGUUCACUUGAAAUCAGCACUGGAUUUUGAACUAGUGCAGUCCUAUGGUAUAACUGUUCAGGCAACAGAUGGUGGGGGUCUUUCAGAAGAAUGCACUCUUAGAGUUGACGUCCUGGAUGUCAAUGAUAAUCCACCCGAAAUAACAAUGUCUUCAGUUACAAAGACUAUUAAGGAGAAUGCUCCCGAGACCCUGGUCGCUCUAUUUAGUGUUCGAGACCGCGAUGCUGGAGACAAUGGAAGAAUGGUUUGCUCUGUUGAAGAAGAUCUCCCCUUCAUCCUGAAACCCACCGUCAAGAACUUCUACACCCUGGUGACGGAGCGGCCGCUGGACCGGGAGGAGAGAGAGGAGUACAACAUCACCAUCUCCGUGACGGACGCGGGGAGCCCCCGGCUGCGCACGCAGCACACGCUCGCCGUGCGCGUGGCCGACGAGAACGACAACGCCCCGGAGUUCACGCAGGCCUGCUACACGCUGCGCGUGCGCGAGAACAACAGCCCCGCCCUGGCCCUGGGCAGCGUGCGCGCCACCGACAGGGACGCGGGCAGCAACGCGCAGCUGAGCUACUCGCUGCUGGCCGGGCCGCAGCCCGGGCCCGACGCGGCGGCGCUCGUGUCCAUCGACGCCGACAGCGGGCAGCUGUUCGCCCUGAGGCCGCUGGACUACGAGGCCCUGCCGGCGUUCGAGCUGCGCGUGCGCGCCGCCGACCGAGGCGCGCCCCCGCGCAGCAGCCAGGCGCGGGUGCGCGUGCAGGUGCUGGACGCCAACGACCACGCGCCCCGGGUGCUGUACCCGCCGCAGAACGCGUCUGCGCCCUGCACCGAGCUGCUGCCCAGGGCGGCCGAGCCGGGCUACCUGGUGAGCAAGGUGGUGGCGGUGGACCGCGACUCGGGCCAGAACGCCUGGCUGUCGUUCCGGCUGCUGCAGGCCACGGAGCCCGGGCUGUGGGGCGUGGCGCCGCACAAUGGCGAGGUGCGCACCGCGCGGCCGCUGAGCGAGCGCGACGCGCCCCGCCACCGGCUGCUGCUGCUGGUGCAGGACCAUGGCGAGCCGCCGCGCUCGGCCAGCGUGGCGCUGCACGUGCUGCUGGUCGACGGCUUCUCGCAGGCCCACCUGCCGCCGCCCGCCGCGCCGCCCGAGCGCGCGCAGCCCGACCGCCUGGCCGCCUCGCUGCUCGUCGCGCUGGCCGCCCUGGCCGCCCUGGGCCUCGCGGCGCUGCUGCUCUUCGUGGCCGGCAGGCUGUGCCGGAGGCGCGGGGCGCGCUCGCGGGGCGGCUGCGCGCUGCCCGACCCCCCGUUUCCUGCGCGCCUGCUGGACGCGGGGCCCGCGGGGACGCUGGCGCGCGGCGGCCGCCACCUGGGGGCGCUGCGGGGCGCGACCGGCGCCACCGAGGUCAACUCGCUGAAGCCAAUCUUUCCAAACCUGUCUCCCCAGAUUCCUGGGAACGAGAUAGAGGGAGCGCCGAGCUUCCGCAAUAGUUUGGGGUUCAAUAGUCAGUAGUACUAAUUAUGCCUUUCGUACAAAAAUGUUGGUGUCGCCCAAUUUGCAUGUAAUUUGCAUUUCGCUGAUGGUCUCUGCUCCUUAGCUUUACUUUUAUAGCAAAGUUUGGCUUUAGUGAUGGAUUAGCGAGAUGGGAAUUUAUUCUCACACUAAUGAGUUAUUAGUCUGUAAAUAAUUUGCUCCCUCUAUCAAGCCAAAAUCACUUCGUGUCUGUAUCCUUUCCCGAAACCU